AAAGUACGGUAGACGUUCGAAACGUCAUGUCAGAGCGAUGUCGAAGGGACUAAAGUCGGUACAAAGGACUUGUUUUUUGGGUCGUCGGACGCGAUGGAGAGAACCUUGUGAGAACAUCACCACAGGGGUCUCGCUUUGGUCAUUACCUCUCAAUUUGAGUAGUUGUGAUUUUGUCCAAGUAGCUUACAUGUGGGAUUUUGCUUUUCUGCGUUUUUGUAGAGAUCCAUCCUUGGUGAGCUCCCGUAGCGGUUGUAAUUGCGGAUUUGUAGGUAGUAGCAUUGACAACAGGGUACCGCCAACCAAGUGAUGAUUGACACAUUUUUGUCCGUGGUUUUUGAAGAGGUAUUCUGAGUGUAUCAUCUGAGUCCAUGGCGACCACGGAAAUUCGUGUCAAGGUGAUGGCGGCGGAAGAUUUGAAGAAAGAUGGACGGUUUAGGAAGAUGAAUGUGUACACCUUGAUGUGGAUUGAUCCCACAGCAAAGCAGUCAACGCGGGUGCAUCGUAAAGGGGGCCGGUUUCCUCAAUGGAAUGACGAGCUGGUUUUCUACUUAGGAGAGGAUGUGCCUAUAUUUCCUCAUUCCACUAUCACCAUUCAGGUGGUGAGACAUCGCAGAAGAAAGGAGAAUAAACUACUCGGAACUACCUAUCUUUCUUUGGUGGAGAUGGCAAGAAUUAAAGCAAUGAAAGACGACCCUCAAGAAUAUGAUGUUGUGCAAUUGCAGCUGACUACUCCUUCAGGCCAUGUGCAGGGUUACAUCAGUCUUUCCAUUAGCCUCAUGGAGAGGAGUUCGAAUGGAGCAAAUCCAAGCGCAGAACCUGUGAUAGGGUACCCAGUGGGAUUUCCGGCCGACAUGGCCUAUCACAACAGUUUCCAGUCCCAGUCCGAACCACAUGAAGUGCCGCAGCAAGUUUCAAGAGCUGUCGUUCUACAUUCUUCGAACAGUAGAUCGGAUUUUCCUGUUCCUACCCGUCCUGCAGGUGCUGCACCCUAUUUUCUUCGUCGUCACGAAGAAUCUUCACCAUUUGUACAAGCUCCUCAGCCGUAUGGACCUUCGUCGGAUCAGAGACCGAGGCGGCACCAUCAGGAAAUCUCUGCAUUGGCAUUGAUAGGAGGUGCUAUUGGCGGAGUUCUUCUCGGGGACCUAAUGUUCUAAUGCUGAUUUGAAGGGACUAGUCAAGCUAUAUCCACUCACAGUAUAACAGCGUCGGAGCACAUAUUCUCGUGGAGACUUCCCUUUACUUUCUCUCUUGUUUGAACGAGACAUUGAUCCCAACUGACGGCUCUCUAUCUUAUCACUGCUGGAAACAAGCAUUCCAGGUUGAGUCAGCCUCAGUGGCACAGUGAAACGAGCUGCUGACCAGUAUCUGCUGUGAGUCAUUUCAGACUCUCUAAUCUUCUGCUGACGUUCUAACAUAUUUGUACCACCCAGAUACUAUUCAUGCCAUCUAUCAUGCUACUAAGCAUUUUCACGAGUGAGCAUUAUUACUUCAUUUUGAAUUGUUUAUUAUCAAAGAGCAGAAAUGUGCACCAUUACGUGGAGUGGCCACGAUUGCCAUUUACAUCUUAACUGCAAAGAUUACCACUAGUUCGGCGUGUGGUUCAAGCCUUUUCGGUCAACUGCCAUUACACUAAUCAAUUUGACAAUAGUUCGUAUCUGUUUGGCAAUAGUUCGCUCAUGAUGAGAGGUUGUCAGUCAAGAAAGUAUGAAAUAAACUUGAUAACAAAGUCCACACCCACACUGCUAUUUCACAUGUGGACAUUAUUGUUUUCUAGUCAAACAGGCAAUGGAAAAACUUGUAGGAUCACCCAGAAACA